AAUCGAUAUCGAACGUAAUUCUGGCUUAUAAAACCUAAUUCCAUCGUCGCGAUGCGUGUGGAUCGUCGAUCUUGGCAAGUGUAGAUUCGUGAAACGCGAGAAAUUUCCCUCGCGGCUCCGUUACACUUCUAAUUCGAUUUCACGAAGAAUCGAGUUGCCUUCUCGUGCGCUUCCAAGACGUUUUUCAUAUCAAUUUUGUUCAGGCUUACACAGUAAAACUUAGGAAACCGUGUUAAUAGGUCGAUAUAGGAGCAAGAAGCGGUGCAUUGCGUUCGCAAGGUUGCGUUUUCCAAUCGUUAUGAUGCGAUUCGCAAAACUUUCCAGUUCGCGUUCUUCCGGACGACGUCAUCAUCGAUCGUUUCCCAGAAGAUUCGAAAGCUACCUUCUUCAGUAAUAUUGCAUAAUGGUCCUCGAACGGUUUAAGAGAGUGUUCAUCGACUGUUGUUUGGUUGGAAUUGUGACGUCGUUGGCUCGAGGACGUAAAAUCGAACGAUCGAUCGAGCUUUUCCCGCAUCGUUCUCGCUACUAAAUGAUCUAUUUCGCACUAAUUUGUAGCGUGCGUUCGGUACGCGCCCAGAUAAACAAUAUAUGUGGUACGCCGUACGAAUGUUACAGAACUGUACAUGAUAUGGAGCUUGCUAACGAGUUGCUGGUCUUACACCGAUGAUGUUAUGCGCUAUCGUUACCCAAUGAGAUACGGAAUGACGAGCCCUUCAGAUUUCGUGGCACCGAUUCGAGGAUGGUCGGCCGAAACGGAAGCGUGGCCUGCGUUCGCUAACGGGCCACGAAGAUCAGCCACAGGAAUCUUUCGCAGAGACACGCAAAUACGACCUUACGCGAAGCUAGCGAAAGUGGAGCAAAGAGUGGAGCCAGACCCGUUGGUCGCGAUCAGCGAGACUUUAGGCGCUUUGAACACGGUGGGCAGCUACAUCGUCAACAUGACCAGAGGCGUGGAGAACUCGAACUAUCCUCCGAAGGAAUUACCAUCUGCAAUAUACACCAUUUCGAAAAAUAUUCUAGGACGCAAUGUAACAGACAGUAUAGCGCCGUUGGUGCGCGGUGUAACUCUGCCCCUGAGAACGACGCCAGUCGCCACACCUUCGCCAGAUCGUUCCUCGCCAUCUCCGUCUGCAUCCCAAACGGAAGUCAUCGUUGAUCGAGAGAAGGAACCCUCGUCGGUGUCAUCUGGUUGCACCACGGCCGAGGGUUCUCCUGGAAAGUGUCAGGAUCUGAGCAAUUGUCCCCAGCUUUUGUUAGACCUGACCAAACUGAGGCAAUCGUUGUGCUUCAAAAGUUUAUUCGUACCUGGCGUGUGCUGUCCGUUGUCCGAAAAACCCGACGUCGCGAGCGUCGCACCUGGCGUAAUUCCCGCGGCUGGAAUCGUGUCUGGCAUACAUUCUCCGAGACCAACGAUUCGUCCAACGAAGCCACAGACACCUCGACCUAUUCCACUAUUCCCCGUUGCGUCAACGACGACGAUUAGACCUCCCAGCGUCGCUGGAUCCGUUCCGGAUCACUCGUCCAACGAGUCGUACGGGUUCACUGAACCCACCAUCGCCACGAUCGACAAUAAUUUCAUUCAGGACGACGAAGAGUGCGGAGUGAGAAAUUCGGGUAAGUAUCGAGUGGUUGGCGGCGAGGAAGCACUGCCAGGACGUUGGCCUUGGAUGGCAGCGAUAUUCCUGCACGGCUCGAAACGCACGGAAUUCUGGUGCGGGGGUUCCCUAAUCGGUCCAAGACACAUUCUCACCGCGGCUCAUUGCACGCGCGAUCAGCGUCAACGGCCGUUCGCAGCGAGGCAAUUCACCGUGAGAUUAGGGGACAUAGAUCUCGAGAGGGACGACGAGCCAUCCGCACCGGAAACGUACGCUGUCAAGAAAAUACACGCCCAUCCAAAGUUCUCGCGUGUUGGAUUUUACAACGAUAUCGCUGUCCUCGAGUUGACCAGGCCUGUUCGAAAAUCGCCAUACGUGAUACCCAUUUGUAUGCCGCAAUCGAGGUAUAGGAACGAGCGAUUCGCUGGAGCCAGGCCCACUGUAGUCGGAUGGGGUACCACUUACUAUGGAGGGAAAGAAAGUACCGUGCAACGACAAGCAGUACUUCCGGUGUGGAGAAACGAAGAUUGCAACGCGGCUUACUUUCAGCCGAUAACGAGCAACUUUUUGUGCGCUGGUUACAGCCAAGGCGGCAAAGACGCUUGCCAAGGUGAUUCUGGAGGACCAUUGAUGCUCAGGGCUGAUGGACGAUGGAUCCAGAUUGGUAUCGUUUCCUUCGGCAAUAAAUGCGGAGAGCCUGGAUACCCAGGAGUUUAUACGCGAGUCACCGAAUACACCGAUUGGAUAAAGAGUAAUUUAAAGUGAUCGCGAAACGCGCUCGACACCCUACUUUCCAAUGAGAAUUUAUUGCCAUCGUAUUCUCGUCAAACGCGAAAAUACUUGAUACUGGAGGGUGUUAUCGCAGCGUAUGACCGCUCGUUACAUUAUUUGUACAUACUUGUGCCAAGGACUAUUAUUAUUUAUAUUUCAUAUUAUACAUAUUCAGAAUUAGCAUUAAUACACGUGUAUACGUGUUGGAGUAAAUCGCACCCGACUUACCACGACUCGAAGUACUCAAGA